GUCGACGCGCUCGCGGUCGGCGCGACCGGCGCGGCGACCGGCGCGAGCGCGUUGACGGCGAUGGCGGGCCCCGUCGUCUUGGGAUGGACCCCGGCGGCGAUGCUGGUCGGCUACGGCGCCGCUCGCGCGGGCGCGUCGUUUUGCAACGAGCUGCGAAACGCAACGUUCGCGAAGGUGGCGCAGGGGGCGAUACGCGGCGUCGCGCUGCGGGUGUUCGACCACCUCCACGAGCUCGAUCUGAGUUUUCAUCUCUCGAGGCAGACGGGCGCGGUGACGCGAACGAUCGAACGAGGGACGCGCGGGAUUCAAUUCAUCCUGAACAGCAUGGUCUUCAACGUCGUCCCGACCGCGUUCGAGAUUGGCCUCGUGGCGUACAUCCUGGGCACGCGUCUGGGGCCCGAGUUCGCGGUGUUGACCGUGGGGACGAUCGGGACGUACGGCGCGUUCACGCUCGCGGUGACGCAGUGGCGGACGCGGUUUCGGAAGGACAUGAAUCGACUCGAGAAUCAAGCCGGGAACCGGUCGCUGGAUUCGCUGAUCAACUACGAAACCGUGAAGUACUUCAACAACGAAGCGCACGAGUCGAGAAGGUUCGACGAGUGCCUGAGGGGGUACGAGAAAGCGGCGCUGAAGACGCAGAGUUCGCUGAGCGCGUUGAACUUUGGGCAAAACGCCAUCUUUUCCGCGUCCAUCUCCGCGGCCAUGCUACUGUGCGCCGGCGGCGUCGCGCGAGGCGAGCUCACCGUCGGCGACCUCGUCAUGGUCAACGGACUUCUGUUCCAGCUGUCCGUGCCGCUGAACUUCUUGGGGACGGUGUACCGAGAGACGCGGCAGAGUUUAGUGGACAUGACAUCGAUGUUCACGCUCUUGGAGACGACGCCAGCCAUCGCCGACAAGCCGGACGCGCCUCCGCUGACGAUCCCGCCGAACGGGUUAGACGUCGCGUUCGACGACGUCGUCUUCGGGUACGGCGGCGGCAGCGAGAACGGGCGAGGCGACGUCCUGAAGGGCCUGACCUUCGCGGUGCCCGCGGGCGGGAGCCUCGCGCUCGUGGGCGCGUCCGGCAGCGGCAAGUCCACGGUGUUGCGUCUCUUGUACCGGCUCUACGACGCGCAGAGCGGCGCGGUGAGGCUCGGCGGGCAGGACACCCGAGACGUGUCGUCGAAAUCGCUGCGACGGAACAUCGGCGUCGUCCCGCAAGACUGCGUCUUGUUCAACGACACGAUCCGGUAUAACAUCGCGUACGGACGCGAGAACCACGCCGCGAGCGAGGAGGAAAUCGUGACCGCGGCGAAACGCGCGGCGAUCCACGACCCGGUGAGCUCGAUGACGGACGGGUACGACACCGUCGUCGGCGAGCGCGGGCUGAAGCUCAGCGGCGGGGAGAAGCAGCGGGUCGCGCUCGCGCGCGCGUUUCUGAAGGACGCCGGGGUGGUGCUGUUGGACGAGGCGACGAGCGCGCUCGACACGAAGACGGAGGCGGGGAUCAUGAGCUCCAUCGGGAAUCUCAUGCGCGGGAGGACGACGAUUCUCAUCGCGCAUCGGCUCUCCACCGCGCGGCACUGCGAUCGCAUCGCGGUGUUGGAGGACGGCGUGGUGUCCGAGCAAGGGACGCACCGGGAGUUGUUGGAGCGAGGGGGGAGGUACGCGGAGAUCCGCCCGCGCGACGGACGGAACGGACGCGCCUGA